UUCUAGCAUUGAUUCCAUUGAUCCGAUGCUACUGUGCAACAUGGAACAGAUUAUAGAUUUCAAUUCUUAAAGAAUUAUUAACAUACAAGAAUUUUUGAGCUCACGAUGAUUCUGUUCAAAGCAGAACAUUCAGUUGGCUUCUCCUGACAAAAGAUAUAAGACUCACAAGACUGUUUAAAGAGAAAGACAUGGAUUACUUUGUUGGUGUAGAUGUGGGAACAGGAAGUGCUCGUGCUGCUUUGGUAUCUUCUAAAGGGAAAAUAAUGAAGUUGUCUACAUGUCCAAUUGAAAUCUUUCACCCUGCUCCUAAUUUCUAUGAACAAUCAUCCGAUAAUAUUUGGAGCGCAGUCUGUCAUGUAGUAAAGUCAGUUGUAGCUGACAUCUCUGCAGACAAUGUGAAGGGUGUUGGGUUUGAUGCUACUUGUUCAUUGGUAGCAGUAGAUGAAACAGGCUCACCGGUUACAGUGAGUCCAACAGGAGAAGACAAACAGAAUGUCAUACUAUGGAUGGAUCACAGGGCACAGGAAGAAGCCGAUUUCAUAAAUGCACAAGGUCAUGAAAUGCUCCAGUAUGUCGGCGGAAAAGUGUCGUUGGAAAUGGAGACUCCUAAAAUGUUAUGGUUAAAAAAAAAUCUACCCUCGUCUUGGAAUCGCGCAGCGUUACUUUUCGAUCUGCCUGAUUUCCUAACAUGGAAAGCAACAGGUUCCGAAUCAAGAUCUCUCUGCUCUUUAGUAUGUAAGUGGAAUUAUAGUGCUGAUCCAGAUGGUAACAACAAAUGGAACGAAGAAUUUUUCGACCAGAUUCAUUUGAAAGAUCUUAAAAAAGAUAAUUGGAGAAAAAUAGGUAAUGACGUGAGAACUCCCGGGGAUCCAGUUGGCCAGGGAUUGUCAACAAAAGCUGCGUCUGAAUUGGGACUCCUAAAAGGAACAGCAGUGGGUACUUCUCUUAUUGAUGCCCAUGCUGGAGGACUCGGUAUGAUAGGCUGUUCUGUACCUGAUGUAUCGCUCAAUUUACAAAGCAGAUUAGCGUUAAUCUGUGGUACCUCAACCUGCCACAUGAUAGUCAAUGAAAAGAAACUUUUCGUCAGUGGCGUUUGGGGACCAUACUUCAGUGCCAUGAUCCCAGGAUUAUGGCUAAAUGAAGGCGGCCAAAGCGCAACCGGAAAGUUACUCGAUCACAUAAUUGACACACAUCCCGCGACACCCGGAAUUUUAAAAACUUUAAGUGGCAACAAACACAUACAACAAUACUUGUCUGAAUUAUUACAAAAAAUGGCAGAUCAAAGAGGUUUGAAAAAUGUUUCGUAUUUAACGAGAGAUAUUCACGUUUGGCCUGACUUUCAUGGGAAUCGCUCCCCUUUAGCCGAUCCGAGUCUUAAAGGAAUGAUAUCGGGAUUAUCUUUGUCGGUUGAUCAAGAAAAUCUGGCGUUACUGUAUUUGGCAACAGUCCAAGCAUUGACGUAUGGUACAAAGUACAUUUUGGAAACAUUGGAAGCUGCUGGUCAUACCGUGGAGGAAUUAUUAGUUUGCGGCGGGCUAAGUCAAAACCCGUUGUUUACUCAAAUACAAGCAGAUGUAUUAGGUCUGCCUGUACUUUGUCCCAUUGAAAGGGAAUCAGUAUUGAUAGGAUCUGCAAUUCUUGGAUCUUACGCGGCUGGAAAAUUUAAUACUAUCUACGAUGCUAUCAAAACAAUGGGAGGAUCUGCAAAUAUUGUUAAACCUAAAAGUGAAUGCUACAAGUAUCACAUCCAGAAGUAUCGAGUUUUCCGAAAAAUGAUACAACAUCAGAAGGAUUAUAGAGAAAUCAUGAACGAAAAUUUGUCGUAACUACCAACGCAAGUACUACAUAGAUACAUUGUACGAAGAAUCUCUCGAUGAACGAAUAGUGUAAAGAAGUACACUAUUUAUACAAUUUUGUUAUUAAUUAAAAUAUAUAUUGUGUACACAGUUGAUUAUAAAGAAAAUAUUUUUGUUAUGUAUUUUACCUUUUAUCUUUGUUUGUUAUGAAUAAACAUGUACGCGAAACUAUA